AUAAUUUCAUUUUCUUUCAGAUGAGAAAUCUGUGUCCUUCAGGCCGGGACAUUGUGGUGGUCUCAGGCUGGAAAAUCUUGUCAUCACAAAGGCUGCUUUCCUGAACGGGUGUCUUACAGGAAACUGGAUUUUCCAUGGGAGUUAUCCCUGUACUUUGUGGGAGAGUGACAAGGAACUGUGAGGUACCUAUUUGGUAGCGUAACAAGUCAGACAAUUUGCAGGCGCGUUUCUUUCCACCUCCCUUCUGGAACUCGCUUCAUGCAGCUGACACUGCUUCAAAGCCUCAGGCAACUUGCAGGCCCACAGAAGUAAGUCUCCUUUUUUUUUUCAAUGUGUCUUAUUUUAUGAAGUGCUGAUAGAGAACAGAUGGGGAGAGACUGAAAUAUUUAUUUGUUUCCUAUAAAGAAUGUUUGCCCAACUGGGAACUGACAAAUUAAGUUUUGAAGCAUUAAAUCGUAAGGAUAUUGCUAAGAAGAGACCUUAAUCACUGUGCUGUUGGGGGUUUUUUAUACUCCCUUUCUGCUGCAAAACUUAGAUUGAACAAAGGGUUUGGUUAGUAAACCAUGUCCAGUAUAGACCAAUAAAGCCACAUCUAAGCUGUAAAACUUUGCAAAAGACGGAUUUGAAUGUUAAUUUCAAAAUGCAUGCAGUGCCUGGCAACAUCCAAUGCAAAAAUAUUUGCUUAAAACAUGAAAAAAAAAUAAUUCCUGCUUACACGGGCUGGGAAAACAAAUCUGUGUGUGUUUUACAUAGGAAGAAUUUAUCAGGAACUUUCUCUUCAAGGUAUUUACAAGUUGCAGUACAAUUCCUAAAGCAAAAGCGUCAGUUAGAAGGCAGGCAGGAUGCAGGCAGAGAGACUCAACUUCGCUCUUCUGCUGUUACGUUUUGUAGCAUAUUUUGGUGUAGCUGUGCUGUCACUUACAAAGAAACAAGUAUUGUCUCCCAUCCUUUUGGAAAGCUGCCCCUUCAACCACCCACCCAGUGUCCAUGAAGAAAAUCUCAUCAUCAGGUUGCAGUGUGCAGGUUGUGUGUUCUCCAAUUCCCCCUUCUGUGGGCAGCUCCUUACACACAGUCACACAGUCAAUGCUUAUUCUUCUUCCCUGGGUGCCUGUGCAGCACAUUCCGGCUGAUGCUCUGGGUGCUUUGGGUGUUCUUCAUUUCUCCCACAGGCACCAGGCAGCAUUAGGUCCCCUUCUUUUGGCUAUGGGGUGACUCCUGCAGGGGGCCAUCUCAUGAGGGUGUGUAUUCAGUGCCUUCAUCUUCCCACUCAUAUGAGGUCCCUGGGACCUGGAUGUGGUUGCUUUAGUCACACUCCUGACCCCUUAGUGCUCUUUUCUCUGUACCAGACACGAGGGUAGGUGAGGUUUGGGGCUUCCCUCUCCUUUCUGAAGCUCAAUUCAUCAUAUGAAAUGAUGCAUUUAAGGAGAAGUCUUGCCAGUGAUUGAAUGGUUGGGGGCACUCUGUUUUGCUCCCCACAAGAUGGACAUCAUCCCCUGGCAGAGGCCCUCACCCCGUCAGGGGGUCUGAGACCCAGUAACCCCAAAAGCCCAAUUAUAUUUAGGUGCACUCAUUAAGAAAGCAUGCUACCUGUUUUCACUGCAUUUACCUGCAGCUUUUACAAAUUUUUCUUUCUAAGGCAGGUUGAGUCUUAGAAGGCAGAUCUGAAACCCAGCUGAUGUGUACGGGCUGAUGAAUGGAAUUAAAAGGGCUUUUCAGUGGACCCAGUAUAAAUUCCAGAAGUGAAAUGUGUUUGGUGCCAUUUAGGUUUCUCUGCUCUGAGAACUGAUAUCACAGCCCCAGCCUUUUGUCACCAGCAAUUACUUGUAGGAAAAGAAGAGUUAACAAAAUUUCAAGUACAGCUCCAUUUCUGUUUGCUGCUGAGAACAUGAGGAGGUGGGACUGUGGCAACAAAGAACAGACUGUCAUCUCUUAGACCACAGCAUUUCACUUCAGCCUUUUUAAAGGUAAGCCUCAUGCACAGAUGACCCCCAAAAACCCUCUGUGAAACACCUGGGAUUUGAGAGAGCAGCUUGCUCCAUUUUUUCUCCUAGAAGCAAGCCUGCAGUUGUAGGAAAGUCAGCACAGCUCCUGGGCACCCUCAUCUGUUUCUUGUAGCUAAGAGGGGGAAAGUCCUGUUUCAGUCUGCUCCUGAAGAAUACAGGCAAUGGCUCAACGUGUUUUCCAUAAACAGACUGCUCACUGUGGAAUGCUUGAUUUAAAUAAAAAUAAGCCAUAAAUACAAAAGGAUACUUGAAGUUUCUUUAAGUGGAUGAAUUCACUAGCAUGUAUCAUCUUUUACUAUUAGUUUCUGUCUUCUCUCUCAACUUUCCAUUGCAUGCUAGCAAGUUUACAGUUUGCUUUUACUCAGGUAGGAUAUUUACUUAAGAAAUACAUUCAUGGAGGAAAUGAAUGAUGUGUUAAGAGAGAAAAUGAUAGCGAGGGACUAUCGGGAAAUCAGUCCUAUCGGAGAUACACAGAUGAAGUGGGAGGCCAAAAUGAUAAAAUUGCAGAAGUCGCCGUGCUUGGCUGGCAUUAAAAACCACCCCAUCCUAUCUUCUUGUCAUUGGCAUCAGCUCCAGGACUGAAUGCCUCUCUCACUUCACAUGGCAAUUGUGCCUGCAGCAGAGCAGAAGACCUCCAAAAGAUGAACUCCCUGGUCAGCAGCUCACACCUCCAGCUGGCUGCCCUUGCUCUGGGUACUGUAGGCUGGAUCCUGUGCACUGUUUCAAUGGGAACUGUGGAAUGGAGAGUGUGGCAUGUGGACAACACCACCAUCAUCUCCUCUGGCAUUGCCUGGGUGGGGAUUUGGAAAGUCUGUUUCAUCAGUUACCUUCAGGUCUCACCUGGCUAUAAAGAACAGUUCUGCCAUAAAUUCAGUGGUUAUGACUCCUUCAUCCCAGCUGAAAUCUAUGCUGCUCAGGGUCUCCUGUUGAUCGCCAUGUUCAUGGGCUUGCUGGGACUGACGGCCACAAUCUUCGCUCUGAGGAAUGUUUAUAUGGGAAUCGCUCAUAAAACUUUCAUUACCCGUUUCUUCCUGGUGGGUGGCUGCUUCUACAUAUUUGCUGGUCUGUGUGUCCUGAUUCCUGUGAGCUGGAAUUUCUACUCUGUAGCACAUAACCAGAGCAUUGAUUUUCCUCCAUCUUACUACAUGCCCUCAAGCCCAGCGGCACAGGAAGUCGGUGCUGCCAUUCCUGUCGGGAUUGUAGCUGUCAUCCUCCUGCUGCUAAGUGGGAUUUUUUCUCUCGUGUAUAGAUUUCCGGUGACCAGAACCGCUAUCACAAAAUGCUGACAAGUUAAAUCCCCCCAAGCUGUUUCAGAACAAGAGCACAGUCAAGAGAUAAGGAGAGCAGCACAAGUGGCUUUAUAAUCAAGGCACUGCAGAAUUUGACUUUAGUCUAUAGUAGCCACACUAUUUUUAUAUGAACCAGCUGAACUACUAUCUUAGUUGUCACAUAUGACCGGAGGCUCAUCUUUUGAGAUGACUGCUGAUGAACACCUGCAGUUAAGUUUUACCAGUUGUCCUCUUUUGUAUAUACAAAUGCCACUGAUUAAUUUAUUUUUUGUGUAAGGUAUUUACCGUGCUCAAAGAACUGACUCUGAACUAACUGUCCUGUUGGAAAGAUGUGAAAUAAUAUGUUAAAUGUGAACUUGUUUCCUUGUUGGUACUAAGCUAUUAUGUCCAUUAUUUAAUUACCUUUGUUGCUAAGUAUCUUUUGUGACACAUCAGGACUUUUAAUACCAAUAAUAUGAGUGUCAUCAUGGUUGUG